GCCACCAACGACCAUGUCGAGAAGAGUCAUGCGCGCUGCCACAGCCGACUGAGCUCUGACCUGAUCUGGUCAUCGGCAUCGCCUGUCUUGCCCAGGUGCCAUGUCCAGCCCCGAGAGAGCAGACUCGAUCGAGGGCAAUCCAGAUUGCCAGCUGCUCUACAGCGUCCUGAGCGUCCUGAAGUCCCAGCUGGAUCGCUGCCAAAAGGACAUCGAGACGCUGCAGGAUGAGAAGCGCAAGGCCCUCGACAGCCCGUUCGAGUUUGUCGAUCAGCUCCUCCACAGGAAACCCAUGUCGUUUCCGUCGCUGCAGCGCAUCGUGGCUGCUCCCGAGAUCGACCUCGCUCGCUAUGAGCAGCGAUCGGGGCCCUCUUCACAAACGCAAGAGCCGCGCUACCACAAUCCUGUGCGGCCCGGCUCCGUGUUCAGACGAGUGCCGUACGGAGUCUUUGACGAUGGACUCGCUCGCAGUCUCCAGCCCCAGUCGUUGCAGCAUCCUCAAUCCGCCGGUCACCCACAGCCGAUCUCCACACCCCAGGCCGCACGCCGUCCAGAACGAGAAGAAACUGUCGAAGCCGAUAUCCGGGCCUGGACAGAGGAUGAACAACAGCAACUCGACCACCUGCUACUGAUCUAUCCCGAAGAACCCGUUGCCAAUCAUCGUUGGGAGAAAAUCGCCAACGCUAUGGGCACACGCACUGCCGGACAGGUGUGGAGCCGCUAUCAAAAGCAAGUCCUCCGUGCGAAAGCUGGUCGGCUGGCAGGCGCUUCCGGCUCGCACAGGACAUCGACAAAGGGUCAAUGGGCUUCUGCCAAAGACCGGGGCCGAGACUCGGACCCCGACCAAGACGAGAUCAGCAUCGACCCUGGUCUCAGGAACACCAAGGAGUACAAGGAGAUGCAAAAGCUGAAGCGGAUGCUGAAGCGCAAACGGAUGCUGCCCAAGGCACAUCGCAGCGACCCCGUGCACCAUGGAUACAAGUGCGACUCGUGCGAAGCCGAGCCCAUCGUUGGGGUUCGGUGGAAGUGCAACGACUGUCCGACUGAGGAGCAGGUGGACCUGUGCAACGAUUGUGUUGGGCAGCCAUUUGAAAACGACCACCACACCGCGGCCCAUACCUUCGAAAAGAUCGAGGAAGCAGAUUCGGAUGAGGACGGGGAGGAUGGGGAUGCGACUUUUUCGUAUCUUGGAUUCUGAAAGGCCGAGCCCGAGGCGGAAGCACAUCUCAUUCCAUCUCAUCCCAUUCCAUAUCAUUAUAUCAUCUCAUUAUAUCAUAUCACACCGC